UGUUAGUCUAGUCGAGGCACUUGGGGGCAGCCUGCGUGUCUCGUGGUGCUGGGCAGCGAUCCGCCGGUUAAGCCUGCCUCGCGAAGAGUUCGUGGCCCGUGAGCGCGCCCAACGUGUUCAUUGAACGUGCACCCUCGUGAACCUUCCAGCGCGCGGAUUCAUAUCAGACAUGCCAGGUAAGAAACAUAAGGUUAAGGGGAAGACCCUCAACCUAAAUGACUUUCUGGGAGGUGAUCAAGAGGCACCGUCGGGAUAUGCCGUGGUCAACACUCGCCGUAUCAACUGGGCGGACACAAUGGAAAAUGAAGCCGUCGACGAGAAAUUCACCAUGGACUACAAGCGAGACGAAAAGAUCAUUCUCCCGACAGCUCCAAAGGCUGCCCGUGGUCCGGACGUGGACUUAUCCAAGGUUCCCAACCGACCGCCCUAUACGGUCUACCUGGGAAACCUGCCAUACGACGUCUGCGACGAUGACGUCAUCAAAUUUUUUCGUGGCUUGAAGGUGUCGUCCGUACGCCUGCCCAGAGAAAGUGGCGACAGAGGUCGCAUGCGUGGCUUCGGCUACGCUGAAUUUCCAGACAGGAGCACUCUCUUGGAAGCCCUGGGUUAUAACAACGAGAACCUGAAAAGCCGGUCCAUAAAAGUGAGCCUAGCUGAGGAGCACGACAACGAAGGUCGAGAGCGCGGAAAUCGCGACAUUGGCCGCAGCGACCGGUCGUUAGGCGGCGAUUGGAGGGCAAUGUCGAGGGACGAUGGCGACGACGACCGAAGGGAACCCUCCUCGUUUGGUGGCAGCCGGGGUUACGACGAUGAUGGCGGCUACCGCCGGCCUGGAUUCGGGCGGGACUCAGACCGAGACGGCGGUGACUAUGGCCGUGACCGGUUCUCGAGAGACCGACCUCGUGGGUUCGGAGACCGCGACCAAGGUUUCGACCGCGGCUUCGAGCGUCGGGGCGGGCUCGGAGGCUACGACAGGCCAAGGGACCGAGACUAUGACCGGGAUCGAGGUUUUGGUGGUGGUGGCAGGCGAGAGUAUGGGAGCAGCUUCAGCAGGGACGACCGAGAUGACCGGUUCAGCCGGGAUGAUCGGUAUAGCCGGGAUGACCGGGAUGACCGGGAUCAGGACAAGCCCGGAGAUUCCUCUGGCUUUGCAGACUCUGCGCCGCGGGAGCGCAAGAAGCUGCAGCUCAAGCCUCGCUCUGUGCCCGUGGAAGCGAACAAGGAGGCCGCUGCCGUGCCCAAGGCCCCCGAGCCUGCACCUAAGGCCUCGUCAGCCAUUUUCGGCGGAGCGCGACCGGUGGAUACGGCUGCCCGAGAGCGUGAGAUCGAAGCACGGCUUGCUCGGCAGCGUGAGGAAGAAGAGCGCCGACAGAUCCGGGACCGGGAACCCUUUCAAGACAGUCGCAAGGACGACCGGGUGAGGCGCUCUAGUGUCGGCUCGGGGUCUGGGCGAUCGCGGCGUUCCUCAGAGUCUGGCCGGGACUCUUACGAUGACGGAGGGCGGCAACCGCUGUCACGGCAGUACAGCAAUGACAGCGAUCAGCAUUCGCAAAGUAGCCGGCACGGUUCUCAAGCUGGCUAUGAUGGACCUGUGCGAGGCGAACCAGGAGACUUGGCAAAGCGACCUCCAGCCGACCGCAUUCGACGACCAGACUCCGGUGGCAGCGGGCCAAGGGAUGGCCCCUCUACACGUAACGGCGGCGAGAGGCCGUUUUCCAAACAAGAGCUCACUUCCGGCCACAAGAGCGACGACGGCAAAGAAGUAGUGUACACAAGCCGAAAUAUCUACGCCCAUCUGCAGCAAGAAGACGGAGACGAAGUCUCUGACUAAACGUAGAGAAAAAAAAAUGCUGACUGUGACGUCAUCGAUGAUGCCUGUGCACCUUCCUCUUCACGCUCGCAGCGUCGUUGGCGUAGUGACUCUUGCUAAGAAAGUGCUCUCCUCCUUACCUCCCUCUCUCUCACACAAUCUUCUAGUUCUUACCUAGCUGUGUUCUCUUUCUUUUACAACAUUCAUGCGCAGUUGCUUCUAGAAAUUUUUUUUUCUCUUCCUUCUUGCCUGCAAUGUCUUCAUUUCGCUAUCACGUAGGAACCUUUCGAACACCUCGCUCUUUAAGCACGUUUAGGCUUUAAUUUGUUUCUUUGUGCGUGCCAUGAGAUGUCUUUCCGCGGCCUGUGAGAUCGCUGCCAUCCCAGGAAAAGUAGCAUGUGUGUUCUCAACAAAGCAGCAACACAUGCCAUACACACACAGCCGAAAUUCCGAGGCGAUUUUUUUUUUACCGACAAUACAUACUGUGGUUGCCUCGUUUCUCGGACCCAGAAGUUGCUCCGUAUUUAUUACUCGACGUCGUGCCGGUUUUUGGCGACUUGCGUGUACCGCUGGCAUGCCUGUGGCUGUGCUUGGGAAUGUGAGCAGUCCUUAGCUUCUCUUGAGCAGGCUGUAAAUAUACAAUCAGGCUUGUGUUACUUUUUCUUUUGGCAACUGGCCUUAGUUUACCAUAGGUGCUAUGUUGGCUGGCUGGCUGCCUAGUAGGCCUACGCUGUGGCACUCUGCUGUAGCGCGAGUGUGUAGCUUUAGCCCUGCAUGUGGGACUCUUGCAUACUGCCGAUCAAAAAACAACCACGACACUAGCAGCUGACAAUGUUGUGUUUGAAACAUAGUGGCCUUUUUUUUCUUUUUUUAAUUAGAAAUACAAAUGGACUUCUAUUCUGAUUUUUUUUUUUCCCUGGUGUGCACUGUGUGCAACAUUAUGCACGUACUCGUGAGGCAUGUACAUACCUGAGUAGUUUUUGUUGCUUUUUAUUUUUUGUGCAAUUGCAAUGAAUGCGUGACUUCUUUUUUUCUUUUUCUCCAUGGUCUUCUGCAAACGAUGCAUCAUCUUGGGCCUUGGAUUCUUGCCUGUGGGCAAGUGUUGUGCAAAGUUUGCUCCCUUUUUCUAGGAAAAAGUGAGCGUGGGGAAAAAAAAAGCUACUGAAGGUUUGUAGUUGUCUAGUAGAGGAGCAGUGUACAUAACUUUUUAAUUGAAGAAAUAAUCACACUUCUUAAUGUAAUGAUUUCGCUUGAUGCUGCGGUGUGUAUCCACGAGAUGCAGAUGUCUUUGGUACAACAGAGUAUGUCCGCAUUUUUCCUUCCCUCUUCAUCGGCUGGGUUGAGGAAAUAAAAGUAAAUGCUAUGCUUGUGGAA